UUAGCCUUGUGAUCAUGCCACGUGAAUGCGGUACUGACACCCGUAACUAUUACAGAUACUAUGAUACCCCUGAUGGAUGCGAUAUUCUAAAAAAGGUAAUGGUGACAAGUCGUUACGGCAUUAUCACAGGGCUUAUAAUGUCCACCUAUGACGUCAUGAUGUACUCGCACGCAGUUGGUUUCGGACCGAUAUUGAAAAGGUAUAUGUACCACACAGUGCCUCUUGGACUCAUAGGUGCGACCUUCGCAGCUGUAGCUAAUGGAGUGCAGAAAGCGCGCGACGUAGACGAUGUUUGGAAUUAUUUUAUUGGUGGUUUUUCGUGUGGGCCUAUAGUGGCUGCAUAUUUAGGUAGUAAGCACGCAGUACUCCUGGGUGGACUCGCGCUGGGUGUUAUAGGCAUGAUAAAGAAGGACUCUAUCGACAAUUGCUACGAGUUGUUCCCAAAUCCGCCGUCACAUAUGAACAGUGUUAGGUCUUGGAGGUGGGAUUACACAUUGGUCGCAGAUCCCAGAGAUGAAAUGCGUCACACAUGCGGUCAGAAAGAAAAGUAACCCAAAUAAAUACAGCACGUACUUACUUCUUGUUUCGUUGUAGUCUUUAUAGCCCAAGAGCCCACGACGGCCAGACAUACGUCAUUUUAGUAAACGUGAAAGUUCUUGUAUGUGUGUCCCCAACACAGGUAAGAACGAUCCCCAAACAUGAAACCUGGAUCGUGGU